AAUGUGAAAGAGAAGCGAAGGUCGGCUUCAUUAUCUUGUUUAGUCGCGGCUUUAAACGGUAGGAGAACGCAUCAAAAAUUUGCGCGCUAAUUGAAAGUUUUCCAUUUUCCACUUAAAAUUCGAGUAGUGCAACGGCAAAAUGUUCGCCGGAUUUUCGUCUGCCAUGAGGGGAAUUGGUUCCCGUUUUGGGGAUCUGUUUUCAAGGAAAAAGAAGGAAGUCGACGAAAUAGUACAAGAAAAGGAAGAAAAUGUGAAAGAAUUUGUCAAAUCUGAAAUUGACAAGACGGGACAGGCCAUGGCUCAAGCCAAAGACGAUUUUGUCAAGGUGGCUUCCGAAGCGGUGGAAGAUACGAAGAAAUCGGCAGAAGACUCGAAAAACGCAGCUAUGGCUUCCCUUGAUCAACAAAUGAAGAAAGCGGAAUCGGCGAUCGACAACACGAUUCAAAGUGCCAGUAAAACAAUCGAUCAAAAAGUUACUGAGGCAAAUCAGUUCGUUGACGAUAAGAGAAACAAAAUGCAAGAUGGUAUUAAUCAAACCACUCAAUAUGUUGAUAAUAAAGCGAAGGAGGCAGGUGAGUACAUAGCAAACAAAAAACAACAAGUCCAACAAGGAGUUGAUGACUCGACUCAAUACAUGAACAACAAAGCUAAAGAAGCAGGUCAGUACGUGGCUGACAAGAAACAUCAGGCCCAACAAGGAGUUGAUGACUCCACUCAAUACAUGCACAACAAAGCAAAAGAGGCAGGACAGUACGUGGCUGACAAGAAACACCAGGUCCAACAAGGAGUUGAUGACUCCACUCAAUACAUGCACAACAAAGCAAAAGAAGCAGGACAGUACGUGGCUGACAAGAAACACCAAGUCCAACAAGGGGUUGAUGAUUCCACUCAAUACGUGAACAACAAAGCGAAAGAGGCAGGUCAGUACGUGGCUGACAAGAAACAAAACAUACAAGAAGGUAUCGAAUCAACGAAUCAAUAUAUUGACAAUAAGGCUAAGGAGGCCCAUCAGUACGUGGAUGACAAGAAACAUCAAAUCCAACAGGGAACUGACCAAACUAAUCAGUACAUCGACAACAAGACUAAGGAGGCAACACAGUAUGUAGAUGACAAGAAGCACCAAAUUCAACAGGGCAUUGACAACAAGAAAAACGAAGCGAGCCAUUACGUGGAUAACAAAAAGCACCAGAUGCAAGAAGGCAUUAAGCAAACUAAUCAGUACAUUGACAACAAAGCGAAGGAGGCACAACAGAAAGUGGAUCAAGCGAAUAAGUACAUUGAACAGAAAGCACACGACACGGCCCAAUACGUGGACGAUAAGAAAAAGGAAAUUGAAGACGGUGUCCACCAAGCGAACCAAUACGUCGAUAACAAAACCAAAGAUGCUAACAAAUACAUGGAAGAGAAGGUCAAGGAGACUGGUCAAUAUGUUGACAAUAAGACUCGAGAACUGGAAGAGGAUAUUGAAAACACCGGAAAAUAUUUGGAUAACAAGCGCGAGCAGAUCGGAAAUACGGUCGGUCAAAAAUUGAGCGAGGCGCAUCAGUUUGUGGAUCAAUCCAAACGAAACGCGCAAGAAGGUAUCCAUCAGGCGAACCAAUACAUGCAUAACAAAGGGCAGGAGUUCGGGCAAGGCGUCGACAGUGCCCUGCAACAAACCGACAAGUACCUCGACAACAAGAAAGAACAGGCAAGCGCCGCGUUCGAUAAAACCUUACACGACACCAAUCAGUUUUUGGAGUCGAAAAGGGAGCAGGUUAAGCAAGGUAUCGACGAGUCAAAUAGGAAAGCGCAGCAGGACGGCGAAGCGCUGAAUGCGGCGCUCUUCGCCAAAACCACCAGUCUGCUUGGUCACAAAUAAAUGCUAACAUUCGCACCGAAUUAAUUUACUGCUAAAACUAUUUAUAAGUACAAAAUGUGCGCUUGUAAUUUGGAUGCGCUAACUGUGACAUGCUUCUGUCUGCGAGGAAGCAUCCCCAUCGCAUCUUUGUUUUUGUGAUUUAACUGGUUCUUAGAUGGUAGUAAAUACACGGACAUUUUUUUUUUGUUUUUGUUAACGGCGUUAA